UGAAGUUUGGCAACUUAUACUGCAGCUGAGAGAGAUUGCAGAGCUUGUUUGUGCACCAGCUAUUACAACCGGCCAGGUGGCAUAUCUGAAAGUCCUCAUUGAAGAAUAUGUCUGUAGUCGUCAAAGGCUUUUCCCUUCCAGUCUGUUAAAGCCCAAGCAUCACUAUUUGUGCCAUUAUCCACAGCUUAUUCUUCAGUUUGGCCCUCUUAUACGUCUGUGGACAUUACGCUUUGAGAGCAAACACACCUUCUUCAAGCAGUGUGCCCGGAAAUUGCACAACUUCAAGAAUCUUUGCAAAACGCUUGCAGAAAGACACCAACUACUUCAAGCCUACUUAAGUGCAGGCAGUCUGUUCCCUUUGGUUGUGCAUGUUGAAAAGGGUACAGAGUUUUAUGUAAGUGAUUAUAAUGACAGGAUCAGGGCAUCAGUUGCUGGUAAAAAUUUUGAGUCACAAUCUGCAGUAGCUUGCAAUGAAGUGACAGUGAAAGGCACAGUAUACCGAAAGGGGAUGUAUGUUUUGCUUGAGAGUAAUGAUGUAGAACUUUAUGUUGGAAAGAUUCAUCUUAUCAUUGUUCUUAAUAAGUCUGUGCAGUUUGUGACUCAAAAAUAUACUUUUGUGAAGCUAAGUGACAUUGGUGUCUAUUGCAAAUUAGGAGUAGCCCAAGAGGAUUAUGUUUGCAUCAAACAAGAAGAUUUGCUGGACUACUAUCCUCUUCCAUCAUACAAAAUGUGUGAUGUAUCACUUAUUGCUCUCCACCAUUCUUUUCCAGAGGCAGUUUAAGCUAAAUGUGACAGAGGUAGCGGGAAAAGGCAGGACAAGUAGAGCAAGCUGCUUUGAAAAUGGAUGAAGUAAUGCUGAAGGAAUUGGUGUUGUCAUUCUUACCGGGUCUCUCUGAUGGAACUCUGACUUCACUCCUGAAUGGGUUGCAAGAACUUGGUGUGGAACAAGAGACAGAUAUAGUGAAAUACAUUCGACCUAUUCAGUGUCGAAAGUUACUCCAUGGCUUUAAAGGACUUGAAAUAGUUCAGUUGGAACUAUUUCCUGUUACCUCUCCAACUUUUGCAGCCAGCACCUUGAACACUCCUUGCACCAUACCUGUCAGAACUCAAGAUACUAUUUCGUCUUCAUCUUCACAACUUGGCAAACCAUGGCAUGCAGACUUCCAGGUUAACUGGGAUAGGAUGCCAGCAGCAAUUGCAAGAGCAUUAGCAAAUAAAACAAGACCAUCCCCCAGCGAUAGAAAAGAUAUGGUGAAGGCAGUGGUUGAUCAGAUGCUGGAACAUGACUCUAACCCAUCCAGAGCAAUUUGUCACAAUAUUGUUCGAAGCAUUGUAAGAAGCCAUGCAAAUUGUUUUGCAGAUGUUGCAAAAAAUGGAGACAUUCUUGGAGAUGGUUGUUACUCUCUUUUGCAACAAAUUAAAACUCGAGUGGAAUACAAAAACAGGAACAAUACUCUUGUGAGACGACGCAGAGAGAGAAGGCCACAAAGUAAGGGAGCAAAUGAAGGCAUGAUAAGAGGCCCUGUAGAUCAGUAUGGCUGUGUAAGGUGGAGUCCUGUAGAAUUUCCUCCUGGUGAAACUGAGGCAUCAUUACAUGCCAUGAAAAGUUAUCUCCUUGACAUCUACUCAGAGGAAGGCAUAGUUGGUGCAGAAGCUGAACCUCUGAUGGAGAAGACCUACGUCAUCCAGCGACGCUAUCUUAAUAGUAUGCCUGCACCAGCCAUUGCAGUGGUUAUGGAGGAAUGGCCGUAUCUCUUCUCACUAAAAGGUAUUUUUUCACACUUCACUCUUCUAACGGAUGUCCCUAUCCUUAUGAAGUUGCGAAAGGCCCUGGAUAAGAACUACAACACCAUCCUAAAGUUCUUCCAAGGAGUCAACUACCAGGGAGUGAAAGAUGUUUUGGCUACUUUUGAACCAGAGGCAUCAGAUAAGACUGCAAUCGUUCUACUUCUUCUGAUGGCUUACUUCAAAGAUCCAAAGGAUUCCAUUGUGCUUGAUGUUGAUGUGACACAUUGA